AUGUCGUAUGGUAAUAUUCACAAUGUGCUCGAGACUGGCAAUAAGAGAACGGACAGACAAAGAAUAGAGAUGAAAUGUCAGAAUGAAGGUGACUACAGUACACUGAAUGACUUCAGAUCAAAUAGACAACAACCACUUCAGUCUACAGGACACGAGUCUACAAAGAUCAGAUGUUACAGAUCAGUUACAGUGUGUUUGGUGCUGCUGUGUGUUCUUCUACUGACUGCAGUCAUAGUGCUGUGUGUCCUGAUCAAUACAAACAAUCAACAGCAGCACAAUACCAAAAAUGAACUGUGGAAGACUCUAAGUGAAGCAGAUGGAUGGAUUUACUAUCAGUCCAGUUUGUUCUUCAUUUCAUCUGAGACGAAGACCUGGAGUGAGAGCAGAAAAUUCUGUAGAGAGAGAGGAGCAGAUUUGAUCUUCAUUAACAACAGCCAGAAACUAAAUUUCAUAAGUACGCAUUCUGGUGGGGACAAAGUCUGGAUUGGUUUGUCUGACAUUGAAGAGGAGGGCGUAUGGAAAUGGGUUGAUGGCAGCACAAUGACCUCUAGCUUCUGGAAUAAGAAAGAACCCAACACUUCUGAAGGUGAUGAAGACUGUGUUCUGAUUGAGUUACGAGGGUGGGCAGAUUACCCAUGUUCUCAUGAUUAUAAAUGGAUCUGUGAGAAAAAAUUUAACUAGUUCAAAUACAUGUUGAUUCUGUAAAUUGUGAACACAUGAGUCCAUCUGAGCCGGCUAACAUCUGAUAAAAAAUAUUUAAUCUUUGUCAAACAUAUUCUUAUAAGAAGGCAACAGGGCAAAUUAGCAUAAGAGCACAAUUAUAAUAGUGUCAAUGGGAGUGAAUAUUUCUGUGGAUGAUUUACUGACAAGGCACACAUUAAAGAACACAGGUGCAAACAUCUUAUUUCCAUAAUGACAACACAUGCUUUUUUGGACAUUAAAUAAUGGAUUGAAUACCUAACAAGCACAAACCUUAAUAAAUCACUUUGUUGAAUUCAUUUAAAAACUCUUCCCCAAUACAUUUAGUGUCUGAAAGGAAAAUUCAUACAAAUGCAUGCAAUAAGGUCAGUCACAAAAACCUAUAUCCACACCUUUUCUGUGCGAAAUUUUCACUGUGUGUCUUCAGUGAAUCCUAAUCCUUUAACGUCUAAAGAGUUGUUUUGCGCUGGCACAAGCUGUUAGUAAAUCUGUCCUAUCUUAAACAGGAAAAUAUUUUUAUGUUUAAUCAUUUUAU